GAAACAGAGAGAGAGAGAGAGAAGAGAUAGAGAGAGAAAGAGGAGAGAGAAAGGGGAAAUAGAGGAGAGAGAGAGAGAGAAAAUGGGUGAGGUAGCAGAUACAAUGACGAAGAAGAAGAAGAAAGGAAGGCCAUCUCUAUUAGACCUUCAAAAACGAGCUAUCAAACAACAACAACAACAACAGCAACAACACAAGAACCAUCAAGAAGACGAUGACCACAACAAUAGAUCCGGCUCCAAAAACCCUAAUUCUCUCAAUCACAAUCCCAACUCCGCCUCCCGAUCCAAACGCCGGAACCCUAAUUCAAACGGCGUAUCUUCCGAUUCCCCUUGGAUCAAAGACGAAGCUGCUGAGGAAGACGAUGACGAGCGGCGAGAGAAGAAACAUAAGCUUUUACAUGGAUUGAACUCUCACUCUCAUCGACAUUCUCCUAAUUCUCAAUCCGGUGCUUCCGAUCUGAAUCUUGACAGACGCAAGAUCGACGGCGGCGGAUCUGAUUAUACGGGAGAAAAGGGAUCGAAAGCGACAGACAUUCUUCAAGGGUCUCCCGUGGAGUCUGGCCCCACUACACCUUUGCCAGACAAAAAGUUGUUAGUCUUCAUCCUCGAUAGACUUCAAAAGAAGGAUACUUAUGGCGUUUACUCAGAUCCAGUUGAUCCUGAGGAGCUUCCUGAUUAUCAUGAGAUUAUUACCAAUCCAAUGGAUUUUAGCACAUUGCGGAAGAAAUUAGACUCUGGAGCAUAUGCCACUUUAGAACAAUUUGAGAGAGAUGUGUUUUUAAUAUGUACAAAUGCAAUGGAAUACAAUUCAGCAGACACUGUAUAUUAUCGACAGGCACGGGCUAUACAAGAGUUGGCAAAAAAGGACUUUGAGAAUUUAAGGCAAGACAGUGAUGAUGAAGAACCACAAAGCCAACAACAACAACAGCAGCAACCAAAAGUUGCCAGAAGAGGCCGUCCGCCAAAGAAACAGCCUGAACCAUCUUCUAUUGACCGUACUGCUUCUGAAAUUUCAGCUGAUGCGCUCAUUCCUGGAGAUAGCUCUAAUAAGUUUUCUGGUGCUUACAAUUUAAGAAAGGCUCCUCCUUCAUACAAAUUCCGUCAAGCAGAAUCAUCAGUUAGAAUCAAUCAUAACAGCGAAACCCAAAGUGGUUGGUCGGUAGACUGGGAGAACGAAUUUCCAUCUUCGGUUGUGAAGGCGGUUAACAAGUAUGGGAUGAAACAUUUCAAUGUCGAUGAUAACAGACGCGAUACCUACAACCAUCUCUCGACUUCUACCCAAGAACCGUCGGUUUUGACAACGCUUGAAGACGAGUUAAAACAGUUAAUUCCAGUUGGGCUGAACAUGGAGUACGGUUACGCGAAGAGUCUAGCACGAUAUGCUGCAAAUCUUGGUCCUGUUGCUUGGAAAGUUGCAUCGAGGAGAAUCGAGACUGUAUUGCCAUCUGGAAUCAAAUUUGGUCAAGGUUGGGUUGGAGAGAACCCAGCAGGACCUGAAGAGGAUGAUUCUCAGAAACAAAACUUACUAAUGUCGUCCGGAAAACAAAAGUGUUCGAAUGACUUAGCUUCUGAUGAUCAUUCAAACAGAAUCCUGUCUCCAACCGCUUCAGUCUCUAGCGCUUUCAUAGGAAACAGACAUUCUUCUUCUCAAGCCAUCGAAGAAACCGCACCACCACCCCCUAGUGUCUUGAAUCCAGAAACAGAUCACCCAUCAUCCUCCUCUCACCAGGCAGGACUGCUGAUCAAAACUGAGAGCAGCAACGGCCUCAUCCGCGGAUUCAGCCAUAAUGCAAAUCAGAUGCUAGGAAUUGCGAGACAGCAACAACCAAACGUAAGCAAUGAGGCCACACCGGGCUCGCAACAACAAGGGUCACUGUUUCCUUACACCAAACAGGAAUUCCACCGAUUUCCACCGGACCUUAACGCGAGGCUCGUCUCACCAAACUCCCCGGGCUCUAAUCAGCAGACUGGUUCGUCCUCAGUCACAGCAUCCGGAUCUGGCAUUACAGCUCUGAAGAUGAGUAUGGAUAUUUGAAAGAAGAAGAAGAAGAGGCAUUUUCCAUUGGCUAUCUCAGCCAUAGAUUUUCUGGAAUGAAAUCUUGUGGAAAGU